GGUUAACAAAAGGUAAAUUCCUAAUAUACCCUGAUGGUGGGUCUAUAUAAAGAAGCUCUAGGAUUGGUCCUCUCUCAACCCAUACGUAGAAUCUCUUAGCCAUCACAGAAGGGGUCAAGAGGGAGAAACUCAAUUCCGGUGAUUACUACUCCAGCGCCGCCGCCGCCGCUCUCGUCAUGGAUCGAGGUAGGUUUCCCCGAUCUAUUAUCGAUUCGUGAAAUCAUCUAAUUCUAAGAUCCAUGUUAUUAUGAUCUAUGUUUAUACGGUGGAGAUAAUGAACUUGAUAGUUGUUUUCUAAUGCAUUUGGAAUGCCAGAAAUUGGGUUGUUUUUUAAGCCACCUUGUUUUCCACCUCGGUCUUGUUGGCCUAGGAUUCGAUUUUCGUUCUUGGCUGUGAUCAGUCAUAUAUAACUCUAAUGUAACUCUUUUUUCUUGAUAAUACGAGUAAUCUCGAUAGAGAGAAAAAAAAGUAGUUUUGAGGUCACAAUCACUGAAGAGGAGUCUGGAACAGUCACAAGUACCAACUCCAGGAUGAAAGCAACUUAUCAAGAAGGGAGGGAAAAAGAUGGACAGGCUGCUUAAUUAUUCACCACAGAUCAUGAGCACUGAUAAAGAUUGGACCAGAACCAGUGCUGCCAGGCCGGUGGAAGGAUGCUGCAGUAUAGCCAUUGAGAGUUCUUGCCCACCACCACUUUCCCAUGUGGGGGAAGCUACUAGGAGUGUACUAGUUCGACUUGGUUGAUGUUUGCCGUCUGAUUGAUACAGUGCACAUGCUGACAUGUCAUGAUCAAGGGCUGUGAUCCAUCCUCUGCAAUAAUAUCAUGAGGCCCAGAUUCCUCUCCCAGUUCCCCUCAUCGCCUGCCCGACGAUUCAGAAACUAUUGCGUGGGUGGGACGACGGUGGAGCUUUUCAUCGGUGAUGUUAACUAUGCAGAUAACUGAUGCACUGCUAUUGGAAGAUGGGUUUUUUAUGGCUCAGGUGUCUUCUGCUGGCAUUGGAUCAUCAUGUGAUGGUUUUUGCGGUGUUGAUAAGAUUCAUGAUCUCAAUAGUACUUGUUGACUCUGUCAAGAAUCCAACGUUGAUGGAAGGACAAAAGAGAAGCAACGAAAACUAUUUAUCAUGAACAAUUUUCAUGUGGUUGGAAUGACAUUCUAGGACACACUCUUGUGUUAUGUAGGACUGGUUAUGGAUGAGUGUUAAGGUUAAAAUGUAUAAUAAGGGUGAGACAUCAAACACCUUGUUCGGUUCAGAUCCUUUGUGUAGUAAAGUGUCUCAAAAUAUAGGUUUGAUGUUUGCAUUGGUCGGAAUAUCGUGUGUUUAACAAAUGUGGUUGUCGUGAUUCGAACGUAAGACAUCUCGGUUACAGAAGGAUCUGAUGCUAGGGCUAGAAAAAUAGACCUGAUGGUCGUUUGAAAAACAGUGUGCCGAACCAGAUUCCACAGUUUGGUAUGGACCAUAGAUUGUUUAGAAUGGUCUGUUUUAUAGGUUGUAUUGAUCUCUUGGUCUGGUCCGGACCGUGGUUUAUCAUAUCAAACCAUGGAUCUAACCUAAUUCUCGAUUCGUGUUAGUAGCUCACCCAGUCGCUCUUUCAACUCCUCAACGACACCCAAGUCUCAACUAAAAUUUUGUGUAUUUCGUCACCCCCUUCAUUCAUAAACAUCACUCAGCCACAGAGUAGAGACAAUCGUGUCUCCAUAUGACAAUAUGUUUUGAUGUUAUGGUGCAAGUUGGAUUCCUUUGACUUUAUGUUUUUGUUAUCUACUUGGAUUUAUGGUAUCAAAAUUACGCAUGCGUGUUGGAGUUUAAGUUCUAAGGGACAAAAAGAUUAUUGAUUGGUUAUUGAUUGAUUGUGGUUAACUAAACAAAUUAUUCAUUUUUAUUUUAAUGUGCUCUGCAUGGUCCCGACCACACAGGCACGGUCUGGUAUUACACCAUUUAGUAUUUGAUCUAGUUUUUUGUCUAUGCUUUAUCUUCUAGGUCUGGAGGACCAUCAACCUUAUGUAUGGUAUGGUCUAGGCCAGACCACAAAAUUUCUCGACCCAAUAUGAUAUUAUGUCAAGCAUAAGUUGUGGCAUCAAGGAUGAAAACCAUAAUGAUGUUGAUGUGGAGCUUGCAAACUACCACAUAUGAAUUGCAUGACAAGGUAAGUGUAACUUUGUAUUGACUUGUGUAAAGCUUAUUUUAUAUCAAUGUUAGAGUUUAAUUCUCUUAAAAAAGUGCGACAACAAUACCUAGAAUAUAUUGUAAAUCUAAUUGGCUUAAAAACAAUAGGGCAAGACUUUGUUCCUCAUGUCAUGUUGACUUAUCACGUAAGAUGUACAAUUUAAUCUUGUUUGAGGUGCCAAUGAGUUAUUAUUAGGGGUGGAUAACAAUUCGGUCUAGACUCUAGACUAAACCAAAUUGAUAUUGAAUUGAAUUGGAUCAAUUAUAUUUUGAUUUAAUUUCGAUCCUACGAAUUAUAUUAAGUAUGAAGGAAAAGUAAACCAAAGCUAAAUUUGUAUUGGACUGAGUCAAACCAAAUGAACCAAAUCUAAUUUUGAUUAUGAUUCUCAAUUUUUCUUUCAUUUUAGUCUGAUUUUAUCCCGAUUUGAUCCGGUUCUGAACAUAAUCAACCGAUAGCCACCUUUAUUAUAUGCCAAAUUUGGGUUGGACUUAAACGAUGAGGACUCGAGAGGCAGGAGAUGGGCUCAUGAGUACAACAGAAAAUGUACAAGCAUAGUCCAAUGCUCUUAGCCUCCUUUUAUGAAUUGCCCAGCAGGCCCAAGAACGCCCCAGGUCCACUAACCCUUCCUUUCCCUCUUUUCUCCUCCGACCGACGUCCGACGGCGAUGAUCACUCUUGUUGGCGCCGGCGCCAAUUACUGCGCCUAAAGACGAAAGAAGGAGAUGGAAGAGGAGAUCGUCGCCGGCUUUGAGGAUUGUGAAGGACUGGAAUUGGAAGAGUCUUUCUGUAGCGUAUCGAUCGAAUGGAACGAUUUCAGACCACAGAGCGGAGUUGUGCCAGAAUUCUCCGUUGCAUCAUGCUUUGCAGAAAACGUCGGAGAUAUUUUGAUGAGGGGGGAAACUCAGAGAAUUGGGCAAGCCACCGUCAUUCUUUGAAGAAGAAGCUGAGUUUGCCUGUGUUAGACAGGUACUCGGCCGCGGGAAUACGAUGACCUAGGUCUUUGGGAAAACGCCCCCUGGUUCAAGUUAAGCCCCCUGUGACCUGGUUAAUGUGUUGAAUUAUGAAUUUCAUUGCUUCAACAUUUACGUGAUCUGCAAUGAACUUCUUCCAUUUCGAGUUUGGUGUUAUGCCUGUUCCUCUUUGCCACCAUUUGGCAAAGUUCAUUUGUGUACUACUCUGUGCUUUUGUUCAUGCUGGUGAGUUUAGGCUUUUGUUCUCGGUGAAUGUAUUUGGGUUUUUCAAAAGAUCCACACUUUUUCAUAGAUAUUACUUAUAAUAAGCUAUCUGCUCAUGAGAACAUUUCGCCUCUAAGAACCUGGAAGUUGACUGUGUUGGGCUCCUUAUAUUUGUUGUAUAGUACUUGCUAAUAAUUCAAGGCUUUGUGUGUAAAAAUUAUGAUUAUCCCAUCACUAAAACAAUGUUUUACUACUUUUAGAUGUAAAGGUUCUAAGUAGAGACUAGAGAAACACAUUAAACAUCAUUUUGGUAUAGAAAAGUUUCACUUGCUCUGUUAAGCUUGGGGUUGACGUGUUUCUGAUGCAUUUUUGUUCUCCUUUGUAGGUUUCUAAGGCAAAAGUGUGAACUCAGGAAUUACAUCUUCAAAGGUCGGCCAAGAAAAUGCAAAAGGCUACGCCAGUGGCUGCCUAGGAACGAGGCAAAUCUAUAGUUGUAAAUGAUGUUCUCAACUCGCCCACUGCCUAGAACCACUGCAGAAGGUAUUACAUAUUAGCAGAACUAUGGCGGGAAUGAUAAACAGCUCCAUGAUUUUUUUUAAUUGGUGGAUGUUCAGAAUUUAUGGUUUUAGGGUAUUGCAGAUGGCUAGUUGCAGAAUUGAGCAAGAGCUGGAAUAUCAGUGAAGAUGCUCUCAGAUUUCAAGAUAGGAACAAGGACACUAAGCUUUUUACCGCGUCACUCGCCCGCUACAAAGAGCGAAGAAGCUGCAACUGUCGAGCUUACUUCUUCAACAAUGGAUGCUUCGGUUUCAUGGCUCGGCUCACGAUUUGUCAGAAUACUACUUCAGGAAGACAUUGAUCAAGACAAGAACAUGCUGAUUCCCAAGAAGUACAGUGAUGAGCAUUGUUAUGGUCUCCCUAGUAUGGUUACUCUCGAGCUCCCAAAUGGCGAUGCUUGGCUUGUGCAGCUGGUUAGAGAUGAUAAAGGAAGGGUUUGGUUUAAGAAGGGAUGGCAACAGUUCUCGCGACACUACUGUUUCAAACACGGCGACUUUCUGGUCUUCGAGCGUCAGGGCACAUCCCGUUUCCUUGUUCUCGUAUUCGAACGAUCUGCAGCAGAGAUUGACUACUCAAAGUUCCCAGUUGACUGCUCCUGCCCAGAAGAACUAGCUCCUGCUGUUGGAAGGAUGAAGAUGGGGGAUCCCAAAGGCAAAGCUCCUGCUACUGCAGUAGGUUUCACAGACAAUGCUGAAACCCAGUUCAGACCUUCGUCCUCCAACCUUCCAAAUGAUUUUGGCAUUUCAGCUGCUGCCCCAAACUUUCCCACAGAGCAGCCCUUUUUCAGUAAAGUGAUCACAGCGCGUUACAGUUCUAGUAAUGGCCCGAGGUUUCCGCUGGAAUUUGUCCACAAGCACAUCACCAGAUCAAGCGUGGAGUGGCUGCAGCUUAGAGUUGGUGACAGCAUAUGGGCGGUGAAGCUGUUGGUCUAUGACCAACACGGCUACAGCAUGCCGUGCCGAGGUUGGAUGAAGUUUGCCACUGAUAACUUGCUGAACAAAGGAGACAUCUGCAAGUUUGAAGUCACCACCACACCGAAGACACUCAACGUCCACAUCCAGAGACAUCCAAGCUAACCUCUUCCCCCCUGUUUUAGUUAAUGCAAUAGAGAAUUGGCGAGCUAGGAUUGAUGAUGGUAGUAAACAGAGCAGGAUAAC